GGUAGUGUGCGUGUCUCGCGUGAUCUGACGGCCUCAUCAGUGAAGAAGAAGCCCGGUUUUGUUUUUUUGUGUAUGUGUGUGUGUGUGUGUGUGUGUUGUUUUUGUUUUUUUGCUUGUGUGUAAAUAUGAGUUUUGUUUACAUUGCAGAGGCGGAGACGCGUCAGCGGUUACUGCGCAGCGUGAAAAAGGAGGUAAAGCAAAUUAUGGAGGAGGCUGUAACUCGGAAAUUUGUACACGAGGAGAGCAGCCACAUCAUUUCUUUCUGCGCUGUUGUGGAAGCUUGCGUGUUGCACGGGCUGAAGAGGCGUGCUGCCGGAUUACUGCGCAGUAACAAGUUGGCAGCGCUCUUCCUGAAGGUGGGCAAAAUCUUUACACCAGCUGAGGAACUGUGCAAGAAGGUGCAGGAGCUGGAACAGCUCAUCGAAAACAAUUCUAGACAGAACCAAUCUCAGACGAGUCAAGAUGGUAUCCGUAAGCAGUCACAGAAUCCCAACCUUUCCCCCCAAGCCAUCAAACAUCUGUGGAUCCGCACGGCGCUGACAGAGAAAGUGCUCGACAAGAUUGUUCUAUACUUGGUGGAGAACAGCAGUAAAUUCUAUGAGAGAGAAGCCUUGCUGAGGGAUCCUGUGGAUGGACCAAUCCUUGCGUCGCUACUGGUUGGUCCCUGUGCUCUGGAGUACACUAAAGCAAAGACAGCUAACCACUUUUGGACAGAUCCUUCAGCUGAUGAACUGGUGCAGAGACACCGUAUUCAUAGUGGCCAUUGCCGCCAGGACUCGCCCACCAAGCGCCCUGCUCUUAUCCAGAAAAGGCAGUCAAGUGGUAGUAUGGAUGACAGGCCCUCCCUGUCGGCUCGGGACUAUGUGGAAUCUCUCCAUCAGAACUCCAGAGCCACACUACUGUUUGGCAAGAACAACGUUCUAGUCCAGCCAAGAGAUGACAUGGAAGCGAUCCCAGGAUACCUAUCUCUCCAUCAAACAGCAGACCUAAUGACGUUGAAGUGGACACCAAACCAGCUGAUGAAUGGCAACAUGGCCGAGUUUGAUUAUGAAAAAAGUGUGUAUUGGGAUUACGCAAUGACCAUUCGUCUAGAGGAAAUUGUCUAUUUGCAUUGCCAUCAACAAGUGGACAGUGGCGGCACUGUGGUGUUGGUGAGCCAGGAUGGGAUCCAGAGGCCUCCAUUCCGUUUUCCAAAAGGAGGCCAUCUGCUGCAGUUCCUCACGUGUCUGGAGACCGGACUCCUUCCACACGGCCAGCUCGAUCCUCCUCUCUGGUCCCAGAGGGGAAAGGGAAAGGUUUUCCCAAAAUUACGGAAAAGAAGCCCACACAGCUCCUGCGAGUCAUUUUCUGACAAGGAUGAGGAUGAAGCAACGGAUUAUGUGUUUCGGAUAAUAUAUCCAGGCAGUCAGGAGUUUGUUGGCCCAGAGCUGAUAGACCAGAACAUGACCAUGUGGCAGCCUGCUCCAAGGAAGUCUUCUUGUUCCUCUUGCUCUCAGAAUGGUUCUACUGAGGGUGGACUUCCCAAUGGGUGCAAUCAUGACAGGGCUCCGCUGAAGUUACUUUGUGAGACCAUGAAGUACCAGAUCAUUUCUCGUGCCUUCUAUGGCUGGCUGGCCUACUGCCGUCACCUGUCCACGGUCCGCACACAUCUGUCUGCUCUGGUCAAUCCCACUAUCAUUGAGCCUGACAUUCCCUAUGAUGCCAAAGGAGGGCUGUCUGCAGAGGUGUGGAAGACAUUUCUUCAGGAUAGUUCUGCUUAUGAAGAGGCAGAACUUCUCCGGCUUGUGUACUACGGUGGUGUAGACCCCACCCUACGUAAGGAGGUGUGGCCUUUCUUGCUAGGCCACUACCACUUCACUAUGACUUCUGAUGAGAGAAAGGAGGUGGAUGAGCAGGUCCGGGCCUGUUAUGAGCAAACCAUGAGCGAGUGGCUGGGCUGUGAGGCCAUAGUGAGGCAGCGUGAGAAGGAGCAACAUGCUGCCGCCCUGGCCAAGUGUGCCUCUGGAGCAAGUGUGGAUCUACGACAGGACUCCACUAUCAGCACUGAUUCAUCCCAGAGCUGCAGCUCAGAGAAACAGAACAACGCCUGUUCCCAGUGUGACUCCAACAGUAGCACUCAGGUGUUUGGGUCUGUCGAUGAGGUUGACCCAAUUGAAUCUGAACCUAAACCGAAAGAUGAGAAGCCUCAGCCCAAAAUUCCAAAUGGUAAUCUUCCCAACUGCACUAGUUCUCCAGACUCUGGACAUCCAUCCUCUCGCAACUUCUCCGUCACAUCUGGACUCUCGGAUUGCUCCCCAAGCACAGAGGAUGCUUCAACACAAGAGAAUGGAACCAAAAUCAAACUACCAGAGCCAUCAGCAGCGUCUUCUGAGGUUACUUUGGACCUUCCAACCAACUCUAGCCUUGAAGUCAAGCUCAAAAAAGAACCAGCGGAUCAGCGCUCAAUGGUUCUGGGCACAGGGAAGGGGGAUCUCAACAAAUCAUCUACAGGAGCUCUCCCUCCAGAAGAUGAGACAAACAAACCUCAGGAAAAUGAGAAGGUAGAAAAUUCAGAUGCCAAAGAAGUUAACAGGACUGACAUAGUCAUGUCCAUGGACUCUCAGUGGGAUUCAAAUAAAAAAUCUGAGUUGAAUGUUUCUGAAACAGCAGAAAGCACCAUUUCUGAGCGUUCUGAAGAGAAUACAAAACUUUCAGAUAGCAAUGAGAAAAGCAAGCAAAUACUUCAAUCAUCAGAGGCUCCUGCUGAAGAGAUCACUAAAUGCUUAGAGGGAAUUAGAGACUCAGAAAUGGUGGUUAAAACUCAGAUAAACAUGGAGGUUAAUGAUGAGAGAGACAAAACAGAGAAAAAUAUUGCUUUGGUAAUGCAAACAAACAAAAAAACACCUACCAUGUGUGAUCUUCCCAGAACACUGACUAAAGAGAGUUCUGUGGAAGAAGCAAAAACCACACAUACAAGCCCACCUGCAAAUGAUGAAGAACUCACAAAGUCGGAGAUGACCAGUACCCCUCACAUUGAUCUUUCGGAAAAAGAAACAAAGCUUCCUCAACCUCUUUCUGAAUCAGAGAUGACCAGUGCCCCUGACAUGGAGCUUUCUGAAAAAGAAAUGACGGCCCCUCAACCUCUUUCUGAAUCAGAGAUGGCCAAUGCCCCUCACAUGGAGCCUUCUGAAAAUGAAACAAAGCUUCCUCAACCUCUUUCUGAAACAGAGAUGACCAGUGCUCCUGACAUGGAGCCUUCUGAAAAAAAAGAAAUAGAGCCUCCUCAACCUCUCUCUGAAACAGAGAUGACCAGUGCUCCUGACAUGGAGCCUUCUGAAAAAAAAGAAAUAGAGCCUCCUCAACCUCUUUCUGAAACAGAGAUGACCAGUGCCCCUAACAUGGAGCCUAUGGAAAAGGAAAUGAAGCCUCCUCAACCUCUCUUUGAAUUAGAGAUGACCCGUACCCCUGACACGGAGACUUUGGACAAAGAAACAAAGCCUCCUCAACCUCUCUCUGAAACAGAGAUGACCAGUGCCCCUGACAUGGAGCCUUCUGAAAAAAAAGAAAUAGAGCCUCCUCAACCUCUCUCUGAAACAGAGAUGACCAGUGCUCCUGACAUGGAGCCUUCUGAAAAAAAAGAAAUAGAGCCUCCUCAACCUCUUUCUGAAACAGAGAUGACCAGUGCCCCUGACAUGGAGCCUAUGGAAAAGGAAAUGAAGCCUCCUCAACCUCUCUUUGAAUCACAAGACAUUGAGUUAAUAAUGAACAAUCCAUCUGACGCUGACAAACCAGAUAUGAAAACAAUAAUGAACUGGGCCUAUGAUUCCAACAGAACCAAGGCAUUAAUGAAAGAAAUGAAUGAACCUUUGCUUGAAAGCUGUAUUUCCAUUAUGUCUUUAUCAAAACAAUCUCCAGAUACAUCUGAUGACUCGCCAUCUGCCCUGGAAAUGGAGGAAAUCCCAUCUUCUUUGGUCUAUAUGCCUUCAGAGGACAUCUUGGCCAAUGUUCCUGUUACACUGGGUCCUCCUUUGGCUCUGACGAUGCCACCAGAUAAGGUUGCAGUAGGUAUGCCUGCUCUGGAGCUGUUCAUGGAGGCAGGUCAGAACACCAGCCCAGAGGCCACUGAAUCAGCCCUGUCUGAGGAAGAGCCGGAGAUGGAGAGUCUGUUCCCCAAACCAGACUCUCUAGCUGUAGGAGACCACAAGAAUGAUGUUGCAUCUCCAGUGUCCUCUAUUGGAACUACUUACACUCAAGAGCUGCUGGACUUGUACACCCUCAAUCUACACCGUAUCGACAAAGACGUCCAAAGAUGCGAUAGAAACUACUGGUAUUUUACCACUGCCAACCUGGAGAAGCUACGCAACAUCAUGUGCAGCUAUGUUUGGCAGCAUCUAGAUAUCGGCUACGUGCAGGGAAUGUGCGACUUGCUUGCGCCUCUGCUUGUUAUUUUUGAUGAUGAGGCCAUGGCAUUUAGCUGCUUUACGGAGCUCAUGAAAAGAAUGAAUCAGAACUUUCCUCAUGGUGGAGCAAUGGACACCCACUUUGCCAACAUGCGUUCCCUUAUUCAGAUUCUCGACUCUGAGCUUUUUGAGCUGAUGCAACAGAAUGGAGACUACACCCACUUCUACUUCUGUUACCGAUGGUUCCUCUUAGACUUUAAAAGAGAAAUGGUGUAUGAUGACGUGUUCUCUGUUUGGGAGACCAUCUGGGCGGCUCAUACCAUCUCCUCUGGCCAUUUUGUGCUGUUUAUUGCCUUGGCACUGGUUGAGUUAUACAGGGACAUCAUUUUGGAGAACAACAUGGACUUCACUGAUAUCAUCAAGUUCUUCAAUGAAAUGGCUGAGCGGCAUGAUGUUCCACAGCUUCUGGUGAUGGCCCGGGAUUUGGUUCACAAGGUCCAGAUCCUCAUAGAGAACAAGUGA